AUGUCUGAGUCAGUGGGGUUGACUCAAGAGAUCGAGAUGGCGAUGGACGCCGACUAUCCGGAUGGAGCACAUCUCCAAGCCUCAUCGCCCGAAGUGCAACCGCCCGAAAUCGAUGCGCCUCCUGCGAAGUUCCGUGCGUUUUCCGAUGUGCAGCGCUCUGCCCAUCUCGCUCCUCCUCCUCCUGAUGUUCGACCUGAACAAGCCAAAUCACUCUUGGAUGUAUGGAAGAACUAUCGCACAUGGGGUAGCAACAAUUAUCCAAAUCUUCCUGUCCAUGUUCGCACAAUGAUGGAGCUCAUGAACUGCAUCGCAUCCAUGAAUGUUUCCAACUACCAAAUGUCGACGAAGCAGAAGCUUCUUCUCAUUAUGCUUGUUGAUGGUGAACACUGGCGUGCACAUGAUCGUCAAAUGUUCUACUAUGAGAAUGGUGUGUGGAAGAUGAAGCCGUCUCUCACCAUCGAAGUCUGGGAUCUAUUUCUUGCUGUUGAAGGUUUGUUGUUGACCGUCUCGAAGCACUUCGAAGAUCAAGAAGGAGAUGCAAGACCAGCAUGGAAUUGGAAUGCUAUUCGGGAUGUUGUCUCUAAUACGAUCCAAGGACAUGUCCAUGACGCUCUCCAUUUCUUCGGGAAUGUGGCCAAAGAAGCAAGUGACCAUCCGCGGCAAGUCACAUCCAACAAGGCAUGGAAAGCACUUUGUCUUCGUCGAUGUGCAGACAUGCUAGCUUCAUUCCGAGUGAAUUGGGAUUCGAACAAGGCUUGCACUUCAAAGAUGAUCUUCGAGAUUGGCAAAGGCGGCGAUGGCAAGGGGAUGGAAGCUUAUCUUGAUCGUGCUGUAUUAGGUGAAGAUCAAUCUGCAACUUUGGAUUGUGGCGUGUUCUUGGAUCGUCAGGAGUUCCGCAAGUCUGCCGAGUUUGCAUGGAACAAGGCGAAUGUGCGUAUCCAGGAAAUGGAUCAGCACGCAAGAUUCGUUGCAGAUCUUUGGAAAAGAUUCAUCGUCGAUGAAGAAAUAGAUUGUCGUGUCAAUUAUGGAUUUACAUCCAAACGACGAUUUGGGUCAUCUAUGAAAGUUCAGGAACUCAACUUUGAGAACAUCCCGACCAUCGAGGAGUGUCGAGAUCGACUCCAGGCUUGUCUCAAGCGUCGCAUCGUUUGCUUUCGUAUGGGGAAGGCUCGCUUCGUGCUUGACGACCAUGCAGUGAACUAUGAACACGGGGUUUUCCGUCUCAUUCCGCAAGAUGAGCUGGUCCCUUUCUUGACACAUCCUGCAACGGCUUCAUGUUUCUUUCGAGAUUGGUGCUUGCCCUUCUUUCAGGAAAACUCUUUGGAUGAAUGUUUGAAAAUGAUCCUGGAUCUUAGCCAUGUACAUGAGGACUUGGUCAACGACACCAAUUGGUUGGCUUCUCGCUUGUCCGGCUGGAAUGGCCCUCCUCCAGGAGCUGUGCAGUCUACCCGUGGUCGACGAACCAAGUUGCAGUUCUUUCUUUCUGCCUUGGAUCACUCCACCAUCAAACUCUUUCGUCAACAUGAUCAGCAUGCUUUCGAGAAACUCUUGGUGGAUUGGGCUUCUUUGGCUGCAGCUAUGGAAACAGUGGACUUGGAGGCUUUGCAAGCCUACUUGGAAAGUGGCUCAGACAGAAGGACUUCGCAGCUUCGGGCCUAUGUUGAUCGUCAUGCUUCUGAAGGAGUUCGCGUGGGGCGCUUUUCUACUGUCUCUGUCGGGUACUACAAGGCCCCCAAUUAUGGUCGUUUACUUGCUCGUGGCCCUGCUGCACAAAAACUCACUCGAGAAGCUCGUGGAAAAGCCUUCCCCCAUGCCAUUGAGAUUGAUGCAGCUUGUUGCCAUCCUCGUCUUCUCUUGCGAAAACUUCGAGAUAUGGGAUUGGACGAGGCAGGUAGUUUCCAGAUGCUUCGUCUCUUCUGUGAGAACUACAAGUCAUGGCGGUCAGUUUUGGCUCAGUAUCUUUGCGUUGAUGUCCAGGAGGCAAAAAAGGAACUUCUCCGCAUCUUCUACGGUGGCAACCCGCGUUUCGAUAUUCCAUGGCUCCGCAAGCUUGGGGAAGAAGUUCAGGCAGCUGCUCAUCUGAUUCUACAAGAUCACAGACAUACUCAUCUUUCUGAUUUGUACAAUGAUCGCAGACAUCCUGAAUUCAGUCGGCUUUGUUCUUUGCUAUCAUUCGAUGAAGCUGACCUAUUGGACACCAUUCGGACCCAUGCGCAUGUGAAAAUGGAGGUUGCUCUCUUUGACGGAGGCAUUGUGUCGUGCACAUUUGUGCAAGAUCUCUUUUGGUUGCAUCGUGCUUGCGCAGAAACUUCCCACAACAUCAUCCCCGUCGAGAUCAAAAGUGAGCCGCAAAGUAUGAAGACUUUCUUGCAUAUGUUGGUGUGCAAGAACAUCGUGAACAUGAUGGAAGUCGAAAUUCCUUCCACUCCGGCAAACUGUUUGCUCUUUGCUGUUCAAGGUGUUGCACCUCAUGUUGAUCUCAGUAGUUGGCGCCAAGUUUUGCAAGACAAGCCAGAGUCCUCGCUUUCCGCUCAUCAAUUCAAUGAAGCUUUGGCAGAUGCAGACUCUGCAGCCGACACUGCUUGGCAAUUGCAUUGCAUCUCCAAGGAUGAGUUGCUCUCCGUUGUCCCAGCGCACCCGCUAUUUGAUUCUGAGAUUCCUUCUUUCGAAUUGACUGCUCGAUGGGAAACCUUUGCAUCUGCUUUGGAAAAAUCUGAUGCAUUGACUUUCUUCGAACUGAAACAGAUGCACUUGAAGACGGAAAUGUCGAUGUCAGAGGCAUAUCACUUGCAAGGUCGUGGCCGUGCGGAUGCCUCCCACUACUACAACUUCGUGUGGAGCAACGGCAUCAAGACCAAUUCGCUCGAUCCCAACCAGGCCGAGUAUAUCUUCGUGACCGCCAACACCGGGUUCCACGUCUCCUUCCUUGCUUAUCACGAUGCCCUGCAAUUCAGAGGCUACUUGAGCAAUCACGCCUUCGCCUGGUCCCAAACGAACGCAUUAUGGGCAGAUGACCAUGCACACGCUCGAUUUCACAAGGACUAUGCAUUGGCUCAUGAUCCUGUGCAUGAAGGGCAUCUUCGGGACUUCCACCGAUGGUGGCAAACCAUCGAAACUCCCCAUCGCAUGUCGCAGUCUGUCAAAGAGAUCGCUGUCGAUGGCCACGAGAAGAUCGCCACAAAGUGCUAUCAUGAAGCACCAGCUCGCGGUGGUCGUCCUCGGAAGGAUGGCCAUGUCAAAUUGUUCUACAACGGCUGGUUCAUGGCGACACACCCUGGGACCGGAGUCAUCCUAGGCCUUUUUGAGAUGAAAGAUCCAGAGAAUUCGGAUGUUGCGCUCGAUCUUGUGCAAAAUUUGCUACCGCAUUAUCCCAAAGUGGAUGCAGUACUCUACGAUCGAGCCUGUUGCAUCUUCAAGAAGGCUAAGAACACACAGGAUUUGAAGCCUGCCAAGUUCUGGUGUGUAGACAAAUUCCACGCAAAGGGACGUUGCAACAAAUGUAAAUGUUCCCCGUCUGUGGUGCCAGCAAUCGAUAAGUGGCUUGCAGCUGGUGUUCAGCUCAUCUUUCUUUUCGUGAUCUUCCUUUCAAGUGACGGACAAGUCACAGAUCCAAGCCAACUUUGCGUCUCAGAUCGAUGCUCAGCGAUGGACGUCCAAGACGGGAAGCAUAAGCCGUUCUUUUGGAAGGUCAACGUCGUGAAGAACAUCUUGGAGCAGCGUCCAAGAUAUGACUGGAUUCUUUGGAUCGACUGCGAUGCCUUCUUUAUGGAUCCAGGUCGCACCAUUGACAGUGUGAUUCACAUGUACUCUGCCAACACCACGGCCGCCUCUAGACUAGGGCCAAGGCGUUUUGGUGAGGAUCUGCAAAAGCAGGCCUUGCGUCAACGCGUGGAGGGCUCACCGGGCCCCGAGGGCUCACCGGCUGAGGUGGCCACCGAUUCCUCCGGCAUCAACAAUGGUGUGUGGUUGAUGAAGAAUACGGCCUGGUCUCACGAUUUCCUGGUUCGAUGGUGGCACUCGGAGAUUCUUCAGGGACCUGGAGAAAAUCACAACUGUAGUGAUCAGUCGACCAUGCAACAUCAGCUUCUAUACGAGAACAGCAUGACCAUCGAUGAUUCCUGGGACUCGGUGGAAGCUCCCAUCUGGGUGCCUCAAGUGCGUGUGGCAGCACAGGAGCAUCUGCAGUCCUUCCAUGCUGCCACAGCAGCGACGGUGGCAUCGCGAGAGUGGCAGGAAGGGGACUUCAUCAAACAUCAUCCAGGAUGUCAUUACUACAAGCCUCCUUGUCAACAGCUUUAUCUGGAAGCGCAUGAGAACUUUCUCAGAAAGCUACAGGCCAUGAGAUGA